GGACUCUUGAAUCUACUCAAAAGGUGUGCUAUUCUUGAGAUAAUUUCCACGUUUUAACUUUAUUUCACGAUUAACCCACGCACUAGGUGCUUCCAUGGCGCAUUCCGUUUAUUAUGUGAACCCAUACAGUUUCACACACCGAGCAAUGCGUGAACGUGAAUUCAACACAAUCCGCCGUGCAACCGAGAGCCUGCUGUUGUACUGUUAUAAUCUGGCCUGUUGGUCUCAGCUGGAAUGACCUAGAUCCCAUGGUCCGCGGUGUUGUUCCUGUAGUGAUCUUGCUGGCGCGUGAUGCAAGCAAGACGCGGAUGCGGGAUUUCAUACUUGGCCUCCGGCAGCCGGCGCUCAUCGUUUGGCUGUUGAGCUCUUCACGGGUAAGGGGACUCGUAAUGAUGCCUGCUACACUCAAUUUGCAUGUUUCUUUUGCUCGAGCUCAAUGCCAAAAAUGGAUUUGUAUAUACCGCGACACAGUAGCCUGUGAUUAGGACGGAAAGUCUCG